ACGUUCCUAGGUAUAAAUACAAAAGCGUGGAGAGGAUAAGAGUUUUUCUCGACUAGUCUACUCGGAGAAUCGAAACUGAAAGAGAAUAACGCAUUCGUUGUUGUUCGUGCUCAGAAAGAGAAGAGAGAUGGGAAAUCAGAAGCAGAAGUGGACAGCUGAAGAAGAAGAAGCCUUGCAUCAAGGUGUUCAGAAAUAUGGUGCUGGAAAAUGGAAGCACAUUCUCAAAGACCCUCAAUUCAGUCAAAAACUCGCUAGCCGCUCCAAUAUCGAUCUAAAGGAUAAAUGGCGGAAUUUGAAUGUUUUUCCUGGUCAAAACCCUAAAACUCCUAAGGGUAAACCAUCUGGGUCCUCUCCUGCUCCAAGCAAUGCUACUCCUUCUCCGUCUCCUGCUCCUGGUACUCCUGCUGCUUCUGCUGGUACUCCUGCUGCUGCUGCUGCUGCUGCUGCUCCGGUCAAUGUUGCUGCUACACCUCAAGCUCAGACUACGAUUCGGACUCCUACUAGUCAGCCUUCUCAGAAUGAUGACAAUGCUGCCAAGAUUUAUCCUCAGUACAAUUCAUUGAUUUUUGAAGCUCUAUCAACAAUCAAGGAUCCCAAUGGUUCUGACUUAAAUGCUAUUAUUAGCUUCAUUGAGCAAAAGCACAGCUUGCCUCAAAGUCAAAAUUUCAGAAGGACACUAGGUGCAAAGUUAAGAAGGCUUGUCGGUCAAGGGAAACUUGAAAAGGUACAAAAUGGUUACAAGAUAAAGGACACCUCAGUGGGGGUGAAGUCAGCUGAUGACUCAAAACCACCUGCACCAAUAGAAAUGGAUCUGCCAGGGUCAUCAAAUAAUUUUGCAUAUGAUGAUGCCAUAAAGGAAGCUUCCGAAACUCUAGCCUGCAGACUUGCUGACGCGGAGAAUAAGUCAUUUUUGGCUACUGCAGCAGUCAGGGAGACAGAAAGAUAUUCAAAGUUUGGGGAGGAAAAUGAUGCAAUGUUAAAGAUUGCAGAAGAGAUUUACGCAAAAUGUAUGCUCGGUGAAACUGUUCGCUUCACUUAAAUUGGUUAAUGCCUAUGGUGUUUUUGUUUCGACAUUUAAACUGGUCCAUCCAGUGAAAAAUGUUUUUAGACGCUCACCCCCAAUAAAAUAUUUAUACCUUCAUUUCAAGUUCCUUUGAGACCAAUGUUUUUGUGUUACUUUUUUUUUUCUUUCUUCUGGGAAUAAAAUUGGUCUUUAGUUUUGUGAAA